UGGCCACAUCCCCCCCAUUUAACUCACACCCUGGUCUCAUCUGUCACCUUCCACCCUGAGGCCCCCAAGCCUCUCUCACACCUCUUCCAGGAAGAAGUCUCCUCUGAUGUUGAGGGUUCCAAGGGUGGGAGGUAUAGAACCUAAAACAGAGGACCCAGACACCCAGUGCUCACCUACAUGGAGCCCUAUCGGUCCUUGGCUCUACUCACUGGCUCCCUGGGCCUGGUGUCCAUCCUGAUUGCUCUGAGUACGGAUUUCUGGUUCGUGGCCAUGGGGCCCAGCUUUACAUUUCACUCCGGCCUCUGGCCAAAGGGGGUUUAUAACAAAGUAGCAGACUACAUCCGUGCGACGCAGAGCCUCACCAUUCUGGCUAGUCUGUCGGUCCUGGUGUCGGUGAUCUUCCUGGUCCUGUCCUACAUCCCCUUACUGUCCCUUCCAGGCCACGGGCGCCUCAUCUCCUCUGUCACAGCCUUUGCUGCAGGCCUUUUUGCGAUGGUGGCCAUGGUGGUCUAUACCAGUGAGCGGUGGAACCAGCCUCACAGCCCCCAGGUCCAGACCUUCUUCUCCUGGUCCUUCUACCUGGGUUGGGUUUCGACUGUCCUGUUGCUCUGUACAGAGCCUCCCGGCCUGGCUAUGACACCUUGUGAGCUGAAGGCGAGACCAGGAGGAAGAAGCAGUAGUCACAGAAGAUGUCGUCAGGAGCCGCAGGCACCCACAGGCCUCCCUCUAGCCCUUACCCCUAGCCCUCCUGAGACCCCUUCAUUUGUUUCUUCAUCCAUUCAACAAAAAUUUGCUGGGAUCUGGUUAAUCUUUCUUUUUUCUUUUUAAGAUUUUAGUUAUUUA